AUGAUAUCUUCCAGCUCCAGGUUCAACUCCUCAGACUUUAUCCUGACCCAUCUGGCUUUAGCCAACAUCCUAAUUUUACUCUCCCUUGGAAUCCCAGAGACCAUGUCAUCCUGGGGAAGGAGAAAUUUCCUGGAUGCCACUGGAUGUAAAAUUCUCAAUUAUCUAUAUCGAGUAGCCCGGGGCCUUGCCAUUUGCACCACCUGCCUCCUGAGUGUCUUCCAAGCUAUCAGCAUCAGUCCUGGAAUCUCCUGGUGGGCAGGGCUCAAACCCAAAUUACCUAAAUUCAUCCUCUGCUUCUUUGUGCUCUCUUGGAUUCUAAAUAUGCUAAUAGAGUUUGAUACUCUGAUGAACUUCACAAGCCCUCAAAACAGCAGCAGUUUGGGAAUCAUGUUGGACCUUAAGUAUUGCUCAAAAGUCAGUGUCAAUGCAGACAUCAAUGUAUUAAUCACAGUUAUGUAUUCCUUUCGGGAUUUGUUCUUUGUAGGGCUUAUGAGUGUUACCAGCAGUUACAUGGUGUUAGUUCUGCGUAGACACCAUAGGCAGUUCCAGUACCUGCAUGGGCCCAACUGCUCCUCUAAGGCAAUGCCUGAGGUCAGAGCAGCCAAGAGAGUGAUUGGCCUGGUGACUCUAUAUGUGUUCCUUUAUGGACGACAGACAAUUAUGCUGAGUGUCAUAAUCAAUAGGGAAGAAAAGUCUCCUCUGCUGAUCAGCAGUCAUGUAGUUAUGUCAUUCGCCUUCUCUGCCUUUAGUCCAUUCCUGUUAAUUCAUAGUGACAGGAGAAUAAGGAUGUUCUGGAAAAGGAAAUCUCUUGUUUUCCACACAGAUCCUUCAUAG